UCAAAGAGAUAAAUAAUCAACACAAAAAAAUUAAGAGAUAACAAAAAGCUGUUUUUAAAAAGUAAUAACUAUACAUGUCAUUUAUAAAAAUGAAAUUUUUAAAUAUUUUCUUUAUCGUUCAAAUAAUUGCAAUCAAUAAUUUGUUAAUUGAGGCAACUGUCAACGAUAUAUUAAGAAAGCACUUAACCAAAGAGCAAUUGCAUCAACUUGAGUUGAAAUUAAACGAUUUAGAAAUAAAAGUGAAUAAUUUAACAACCGAAGCUCUUAAGAAAGGCAUUAACAAUGAAGCAGGAAUAUGUGCUUAUAACGAGUUAAAAUUAGAACAUGCUGGAAAAAAAUCCGUUGAACGUGCACAAUUGUGUAUUGAAGAAAGGACAGAUAAAUUUAAAAAUGUUUCAAGUUUCAACAAUUUUGAAAAUCUUUUUAAUAUCGUGAACGAAUGUUUAGCGAGAUCAGAAGAUAUCGAAAAGAAAAUUAUUACUAUGUUUUUGAAUUGCGAUGAAUCGCACAAUGUUUUCGAUAAAUAAUUAAGUUAAAAUUGUACACAAUUUAUUGAUUUAAAAAUUUAUAAGUACAAAAUAAUAAAAAAUCUGAUGUGGUUGGCACAUAGCUGACCGCAAUGUGUAU